AUGCUACCGGCCGCUGGAUGCUUCUCCGCGCUCUGUGCUUCUGGCACCGUGCUGGGAAAAGUGAGCCGAUGUGCCAGCGAACGGUCGUCAAGUGGCGACGUCCAGGCUGAACUGAGAUAUGUGCGUGAUGGUCGCUGCGGCAGGAGAAUGACCCUAGCCCCAGUUUUGGUCAGAGACGCGCGGCAGCUGCGGCCGGUUGGGCCUGCCUUGAGCUCCCACGGCUUUCAGGUGGUUGACUUCCAAACGGAGCUGGAGGCUGAGACCUUCUUCCACACGCCCACGGUCCGGCAACGCUACUACCGCGAGAUCUGCCUUGCCGUGCAGCGCGCAACGGGGGCGGAGCGCGUCGUGGCCUUUCAUCACAACGUGAGGCAUCAACGACCUGAGGAGGAGAGCACAGACUUCGUGAGCAAAAUCUAUGACACUCGGGUCCAUGGCGACUAUACGCCCCAGAGUGCCCAUGAGAUCUUCGAAUGGCAACUUCGCGCAGUUCCUCACAAAGAACUGGCGGCCUAUCGCAAUGGCCAUUUCUUGUUGAUUAAUGCCUGGCGAAAUUUGAAUCCCGAGCCGGUAGAGAAUGACCACCUGGCAGUGUGUGAUGCUGGUAGCGUCUCCGAAGAUCACCUGCUGAUGUUGGCUGCCACGCCCGAAGUCGGUGCCUCGCUGCCAGCGCUGUCUGCGGAAAGCUUCGCCGAGCGCGUCUCGGGUCCCAUGGCACUGGUACAGUUCAGUGAGCUCCAUCGCUGGUACUACUUCCCCGCGUUGACGGAGAAGGAGUUGUUGAUCUUCAAAUGUUUUGAUUCAGAUCCCGAGAGCAGCCAACUGCCUGGCCAUACACAUUGGCCCCGCCGGAAUGCGGAGCAGAUCGACGCGGGAGUCCAUCGAAGUGCGGACUAUUGCGUUCUUUUCGGGAAAAAACUGGGGAAGAAUGAGACUCAAAUCAUCACUCAGUGCAUCAAUCCCAGCUGGAAUCAAGUCUUAGAGGAGAACAUCAAGCUGCCAGAUGACAUCACCUUGCGCCCUGACGUGCUCAUCACUUUGCUUGACAGCGACGAGGGAUCCUUUGAACCAAUGGUGCAGAUGAGGUACAAGGCGUCGGAGCCCGAGGCCUUGCCGCAGGAGUGGAAGAAAUCUCCCAGGUGGUUUCAGCUGGAACCGGUUCCUGGUGGUGUGCCCACGCAGGGAAAGCUGUUGCUUGGCUAA